GCACAAUAAUAGAGUCGCUUAGACAGGAGCUCAAACGGUUUAAAUGUUGUUGUUUUUGGUGGCGUUAAAGCACAAAAGUAAACCACAUUAUUUUCAAAUGGCUUACGAGAGGGAUAUUUAACAGGCUGCGAAUAACCGGUAAGGUCGGAGGUGUGUUUUUGUUUCUCCGCCCACUCCGGAAAACUCAACCGAAUCGUCGUUAUUCUUAUUUUUUAAGGUGACGUGGAGUCGGUCCCCUCUUCUACUGUCGCAUGUGUCAAUAAAAGUACUUGGUGUACCCGGAUCUGAUCGCAAUGAAUGCAUAAUACGUUGGCACAUUUCAUCGAGGAUUUUCAAGAUGUUUAGCUGAAAAUCUUUACAUUGAGCUCCAUCAUCUGCGCAUACCGGAGCAGAGGAGACUGUCGGGGCCUGGAGUCCGAGGAAUCCGGCGGACAGACAGGUUUAGUUGGAUCUGCAGCAUUGGAACUGAAGUAAGUGUAACAUAACAAUUAAACUGGGGUUAUGCAGUGUGGAAUAGGACACCGGCCAGGUGGCUGCCAGAGGGCGAUGGGCCUGCACUGCGUCUUGAUCCUGUCCUUGUUCUCAGGCUGGGCAGUGGGCUACAAGCAGGGGGAGAACGUGACUCUCUAUGUCAACAAAGUGGGCCCUUAUCAUAACCCCCAGGAGACAUAUCACUACUACACCCUGCCUGUUUGCAGGCCGGAGAAGGUGCAUCACAAGUCCCUGAGUCUAGGAGAAGUGUUGGAUGGUGACAGGAUGGCAGAGUCCUUAUAUGACAUCCGAUUCAGAGAGAACGUGGAGAAAAAAACACUUUGCAAGCUCACUCUUUCAGAGAAACAGGUGGAUGAACUUCGUGAGGCUAUCGAGGAGCUGUUCUACUUUGAGUUUGUCCUGGAUGACAUUCCAAUCUGGGGUUUUGUGGGUUACAUAGAGGAGAGCGGCUUCCUGCCUCACAGCCACAAGGUGGGUUUGUGGACUCACCUAGACUUCAACAUCGAGUACAACGGCGACUCGGUGAUCUUUGCUAACGUCUCAGUAAAAGACGUCAAACCUGUUCCCCUGGAGGAGGGGGCGGGUGCAGCGGUGGGCGUAGUCGGAGUGGGCGGAGGCAGCCUGACGGUCACCCACACCUACAGUGUGCGCUGGUUCGAGUCCCCGCUGCCUCACUCCCGGAGAGCCGAGCGCCUACGAGACUACUCGUUCUUCCCCAAAACACUGGAGAUCCACUGGCUCUCCAUCAUUAACUCGCUGGUGCUGGUGGUGCUGCUGCUGGGCUUCGUCAUCAUCAUCCUUAUGCGGGUCCUUAAAAAUGACUUUGCCAGAUACAAUGUGGAGGAAGAGGGCGGCUGUGAUGAUCUGGAUCAGGGAGACAAUGGCUGGAAGAUCAUACACACUGAUGUCUUCAGGUUUCCUCCUUACAAAAGCCUGCUGUGUGCCGUACUGGGAGUGGGGGCUCAGUUCCUUACUCUUGCCACAGGAAUCAUCUUUAUGGCAUUGCUGGGAAUGUUCAAUGUGCACCGCCAUGGUGCCAUCAACUCUGCAGCUAUCGUGCUGUACGCUCUGACCAGCUGUGUGUCAGGCUACGUGUCAUGCAGCUUCUACACACAGAUCAACGGCCAGCGCUGGGUGUGGAACAUCAUCCUCACCUCGUCGCUCUUCUCCGCUCCUCUGUUCCUGACAUGGAGUGUUGUAAACUCGAUCCACUGGUGGAGCGGCUCCACUCAGGCUCUGCCGGCCACCACAGUGCUCCUCAUUCUGGGAGCCUGGGUGCUGGUGGGCUUUCCACUCACCGUCAUCGGCGGCAUUGUGGGAAAGAACCGAGCCGGCAGCUUCCAGGCGCCAUGCCGCACUCGCAACAUCGCCCGGCAGAUCCCUACACAGCCCUGGUACAAACACACAGCUGUACACAUGGCCAUCGGCGGAUUCCUGCCAUUCAGUGCCAUUUCAGUGGAGCUGUACUACAUCUUUGCUACGGUUUGGGGCAGAGAGCACUACACACUCUACGGCAUCCUGCUGUGCGUCUUCGCCAUCCUCCUCUCAGUGGGAGCCUGCAUCUCUGUUGCUCUCACCUACUUCCUGCUAUCUGGCGAAGACCACCGGUGGUGGUGGCGGAGCGUCCUGAGCACCGGCUCCACUGGCCUCUUCAUCUUUGUCUACUCCGUUUUCUACUACCGGAACCGGUCCUCUAUGAGCGGCCUGGUGCAGAGCACCGAGUUCUUUGGUUACUCUCUGCUCACAGCAAUGGUCUUCUCGCUGAUGCUGGGCAGCGUGUCGUUCUGGGCCUCACUGGCAUUUAUCCGCUACAUCUACCGUAGUCUCAAGAUGGACUAGAUAUCAGACGUAUAGCUAUAAACAAACAUUCCCUCAUAGCACACAUGGACAAUCGUAAUUCUCCUGUCUUGCUUUCAGUCAUACACCUCCAAUGUGGGAGGAGAAACAAUGGCCUCUAUCUUGAUUUGAAAGGAGCUAAUGGUUAAACCCGAUCCAUCAUUGUAAUAAGGGACAGUUGGUUGGAGGGCCAGCUGCAGGGUAAGCUGGAGAGGGCUAUUGUGUGUUUAAGGAUAAAAUAGGAUAUUUCAUUACAAAGGGAGCGAAUAGUUCAAAUGUAUGAUGCGAUACAGGAGUAAAUGGAUUUAAUCAAUGAUGUAGUGUGGCAUGACAUCAUCUGCUCUGGUUCCCACUUGAGGCGUGUACUACAAAUCAAGAUCAACAUGCCCUGGAUAUAUUUCAGUUACCCAGCUUCACGGCAUGAGCUCAAGACAGAAGUUGACCAGUUCAAUCAACCCAGGGUUUCCCAAUCCUGCGACGCACGUUAACAUAAGAGGCGGUGUUUGCACAGCAUGACCAAUCACAAACAUCUACCAGAGAUGCAUAUUGGAGCAAGCUAUAAUUCCACAUAAAUAUGAAGACAGACAUGGUUUUACAGGCAAAAU